CUACAGGAAAACUCUGGUAUUCACUGCUGCCAGGGAUUUCCUGUAAAAACAACAUGUUUUUUUUUACAGUGCAGGCUUUUAUAUACCAUAUUGACCUGAAUAUAAGACGAGGUUUUUUUCAUUAAAAAUAAUUUUAAAAUGCGGGGUCGUCUUAUAAUAGGGUCAAUACGGUACAAAUAUCCAUCCAUCGUGGGGGGCUGGUGUCUAUCAACAGUGGUCAACGGGCAAACAGGCAGGGUACACCCUGGGCAGACGGCCAGUCCAUCGCAAUAGCGCUGCAAAAUGCUAUGAUCUGAUGAGCUAGCUCCUCUUUGGCUCAGGGUUUGGGUCAUUUAUCUGAUUAUUUCUGCUGAGUGGCUCUGCUGCAUUUCCACACUUCAUUAGGAUGAGUCGGACUCGGUGUGCAAGCCUUGCAGAUUGUGCUCCAGCUCUGCAGAACGAGAGCUUCCAGAGGAAUCAGCUGAAGGUGGAGGAGACAUGCUGAGACUGCUGGUUCUGGGAUGGACUGCCUUGCUCAGUGGCCUUCAACCGACAGUUUGUUCUGUAACAUCCAGAUUUCCAAUGAGCAGAGGGACCAGAUGGUCAGCACCCACAUGUCAAGUCUUCAUUCCACCUCCUCUUCCUCCUUUGUUCCCUUCAAUCAGAUACAAAGCAGAACUGAUGGUUGAUAUCACAGAACACAUCACAGGACUCAAAGGAGAAAAGGGCUGCAGAGGACCAAGAGGAGAACAGGGUCAGCCUGGCAUUGUGGGCCUGGAAGGAGAAGCAGGAUCACAAGGCACCAUGGGGAAGCUAGGUCAAAAGGGAGAGAAGGGCAGCACAGGCUGGAGGGGCCUUUAUGGAGACAUUGGCACUCCUGGGCUGAUAAAGGGCACUAAAGGACACAAAGGAUCCAGGGGUGAAAAAGGUGUGAAGGGAAGCAGAGGAGUCAGCGGAGAGAAGCAUGAGCGAGGCUUACCUGGGAUGCCUGGAGAGAAGGGUGACUGGGGUCAAAGGGGUGAAGUAGGGCUGAAGGGGGAGCAGGGACCCCGGGGAGAACCAGGAUCUAGAGGAAGCAUGGGGCUGAAGGGAUCUCACGGACCCGCUGGACAGCUGGGGAAUCCUGGUUCAGCAGGACUGCAUGGUCUGACUGGACAGUCUGGACUGCCUGGACAAGUGUAUAUUCUGCCAGGACUUCAGGGAGACUCAGGAGACCCAGGACCAUCGGCUCCAUGCAGCUGCUCUCAGGGUCCAUCCCUACAGAAACCUCUGAUGAUCUUUGUUGCAGAAGGAGAGAAGGAGAUGAGACAGCUACGAGGGGACAACGUGAUGGUGCUUCGGACAGACAGAAAAGCUCUUUACGUCUACUCUGACUCUCAGUGGAUGAACAUCCUGGACGCCCGCAGACAUAGACUACACUCCGACUGAUCCACCUAGGCUUCAGAGGACAUCGGAUCCUGAGUCCUGAUGGAUUUCUGUUUGUCCAUCCAUGUCUAUCACCAUUUCAUCAUUGCUUUUAUUUUUAAAGCUUGCCUCAUGAAUGCAUGAAAUGUAAACACAGCAGCAGAAACCAGAUAAAUACUGACAAUAGAGUAUGUUUUAUUAUUGUCCCAGGACUGUCAGAAACAGGGAUAAAGACUGGAGUAUCCUGGAAGCGUGUGACUGGCUGGAAUGUUCUCUCUGAUCUUAACCCAACCUGUUAUCACCUGUGUCACCUCAGAUUUGUUUCUGGCCACACAGGGAGGCCAUGGUUCUGAGUGGCUAGCCUGAACAGAAGUUUCUGACACACUGAAGCAACAGUAGAAACAUCAUUGUUGCACAACUCAUAUGAGUCCAAGUACAUUAUUAUGUUUUGUCUCUUUUACUUGGAGCUUUGUUUUGACUGCAUGCUUCUGCAGCGGUUUCGUUUCUAAAUAAAAGUUGUUGUUUUUCUCC